AUGCCGGCUUUUGUGUUCUCCGCCCUUCCACCGGGAAGCGGCGGAGGCAACGUUUCUCUGAUGAUGCAACGCAAACGAACUAAGAAGGGCGGUGAUAUCUCCUCUGAUCUUGAAGCUCUUCGCAUGGAAGAUCUUGAUUCUUCUACUCAGUCCAUUCCGAUUCAGCAAUCUGAUUCAAGCUAUGCUAGUAAGUUGAAAAACCCGGUUGAUCGAUAUAGGCAGACGAUGAUGGAAGAGUUCGAAUUCACUGAUGAGGAUUGCAACUACACUCAAGGCAAGCAUGGUCAAAAUGUUUCUUUCUCGGAGAAGGUACACAAUAAGCUUGACUUUGAUUGGCGUUGUGCUGUAGUUGUUAAACUUAUGGGUAGACCGAAUUCUACAAACACCUUUGAUUUCAUGUUGAAAGGGUUAAGAAGAAAAUGGCAAGUCAAAGGGGGCUGGCACUUCAUUGACCUUCCCAAUGACUUUUUCAUCGUUAAGUUUAAUCUGGAAGAAGAUAUGAAUAGUGUGUUGUGUGGAGGACCUUGGAUUCUAGCUGGUCAGACUUUGAUUGUUAGGAAAUGGAGGCCUGAUUUUGACCCCUUGAAUGAAUUUAUUGGGAAAAUGGCUUUAUGGGUUAGAAUUUGUGGUUUGCCUGUUAAAUAUUUCAAGGAUUACACUGUUGCUAAAAUUGGCAAAAUUCUUGGAGAUGUUGUUAAGGUUGAUCAGGUUACUAUUGGCCAAUCUUGGGGCAAAUUUGCUCGAGUUUGUAUUGAAGUUGAUCUCAGUAAGCCCCUGCGCCCUUAUGUUGAAGUGGAAUCUGUUGCCUACCAUGUUGUUUAUGAAGGAAUUUCCAUGAUAUGCUUUGAAUGUGGUUGCUUUGGCCACUCUAAGGAUAAAUGCCCAACCAUACAUGCCGUGCCAAAUGCUAAUCCUCAAGCUAGUGAACCUGAUAGCAACACUAUUGACCAGGUUAUUGUCUCCAAGGGAAAUUCGGAAUCACAAUAG